AUGCGAUGUAAUAUUGGAGAUGGAAAGACUGCCAGUUUCUGGUUUGAUUGGUGGACUGAUCUUGGACCCCUGAUCACUGUUUUUGGGAAUAGAGGACCGAGGAAUUUACGGAUCCCUAUUGACUCCCAUGUGUGCGCAGCUGCGCUGAAUGGUGAAUGGAGACUCCCUGCAGCAAGGUCUGAAGAAGCUGAAACACUCCAAGUUGUUCUGUCAACUAUGCAACCACCGUCUGAUUCUCGUGGCAAGGACGGCUUCCUUUGGCGCUCUGGGCAAUGCUCAUUUAAGCACAAGUUCUCCUCCAAAUCUACUUGGAACUUUAUCAGGGAGCCUGCCCCGUUGAUAUCUUGGAGUAAGCUGGUAUGGUUUAAGGAACAUAUUCCGCGAUGCUCUUUUGUAUGUUGGAUGGCUAUGCUUAACAGGUUACCCACGAAGGACAGGCUCAUCUCUUGGGGAAUGACAGUUCCACCGGUGUGUUCCCUUUGUUCCUUAAACCCCGAGUCUCAUGAUCAUCUCUUCUUCAGCUGUCCUUACUAUGUGGCUGUUUGGACUCAUUUCUCUGGAUGGAUGUUCAGUAUCCCACCUGUAUCUCUCGCCUCUGUAGCACACAUUACUGAGCAGGCUCACAUUGUAUCUCGCUCAGGUGCUCAGUCGAUUAUAAAGCUCUUGAUACAGGUCGUUAUCUACAACCUAUGGAGAGAGAGGAACCACCGCAUCUUCAGGCACACAUCAUCUUCCGAAGCUGCAAUCAUUAGCGGAGUUGAUCGCUCUAUGAGAGAUCGUCUCUUAUCACUGCCACCUCCAUCGCAAGGAUCACUGUCCUUCUCUCGCUCUACUUUUCCAUCCGUUCUUCUUCUCCGCCUUAGCUUUGUUUAG